CGCUCUAACCACUAGGCUACCUGCCGCCCCAUGCAUGAAAUAAUCCCAUACCUACUGUAAAAUAUGGUGGAGGAUCUUUGAGGUUAUAGGGAAAUUUUGCUUCCACUGGUCCUUGAGCUUUCGGGAAAGUAAAAAAAUCUGUCCUACUUGUCCGAAGGACUAAUGUCAAUUCCUGCUGAGUCAGUGUCUCUGUUACACUGACACCAUGGUUGUGUCCCAAAUGGCACCAUAUUUCCUAUUUAGUGCACUACUUUUGAUCAGAGCCCAUAGACCCAUAACUACUAUGGGGCCUGGUAGAGCACUAUAUAGGGAAUAGGCUGACAUUUGAGCCCGUAUGACUGGAACAGAGCUGUCAGAACAGCGCAGUCAAAACAGCAUCACCCCAAGGCUGUCAGAACAGAGCAGUCAGAACAGCAUCACCCCAAGGCUGUCAGAACAGAGCAGUCAGAACAGCAUCACCCCAGGGCUGUCAGAACAGAGCAGUCAGAACAGCAUCACCCCAGGGCUGUCAGAACAGAGCAGUCAGAACAGCAUCACCCCAGGGCUGUCAGAACAGAGCAGUCAGAACAGCAUCACCCCAGGGCUGUCAGAACAGAGCGGUCAGAACAGCAUCACCCCAAGGCUGUCAGAACAGAGCGGUCAGAACAGCAUCACCCCAAGGCUGUCAGAACAGAGCAGUCAGAACAGCAUCACCCCAGGGCUGUCAGAACAGAGCAGUCAGAACAGCAUCACCCCAGGGCUGUCAGAACAGAGCAGUCAGAACAGUAUCACCCCAGGGCUGUCAGAACAGAGCAGUCAGAACAGUAUCACCCCAGGGCUGUCAGAACAGAGCAGUCAGAACAGUAUCACCCCAGGGCUGUCAGAACAGAGCAGUCAGAACAGUAUCACCCCAGGGCUGUCAGAACAGAGCAGUCAGAACAGCAUCACCCCAGGGCUGUCAGAACAGAGCAGUCAGAACAGUAUCACCCCAGGGCUGUCAGAACAGAGCAGUCAGAACAGUAUCACCCCAGGGCUGUCAGAACAGAGCAGUCAGAACAGUAUCACCCCAGGGCUGUCAGAACAGAGCAGUCAGAACAGUAUCACCCCAGGGCUGAACUGACUGUGGGCCUUUCAACAUCAACAUGUCAGGAAAACACAGCAGACGUUUUGUUUUUUCAUAACAAAGAUACAAACAUUAAUACAAAUGUGGUCUCUAAUUAGUUUAAAUUGGCUUGCUGAUUAUAACUGGUUUCUCUUUACUAGGCUACAACUACAAUCAGGUUUUUAUGAUCAACGUACUGUACAGUAUCACAAUGAAGUUUGCUUUGAGUAUAAAAAAGGCUAGAAAAAUACAGCAACUUUCAGUAUAAACAUAUCAUGUGAAAAAUUU